AUGGAGAAUGCUCAUAGUCCGAGUGACUACAUUUCACCGAUGGGCCAGAACAGACCAGAUGUGAUGUUUCCGGCCGAGGGAGAGCUGUGUGCAAUCCAAGGGGACAGUCCAGGACGGGGAACAGAUGAUUUGACAGUUAUGGCAGAGGAUCUUGCCAAGUUCCAGUUUUACAGUGGCCAAGAUCUAGAAGACUCAGCCGUCAACUGGUUCGAUUACGAGGAAUCGUUAGAUCAGGAGAAUUUUGAAGACUCUGAGAGAAUCAGGAAGGCAAAAGCCCAUGUGAGGAUUGAGACUGCCGCAAGUACAGAAAUGGAGAAUGCCACAAGAAAUGCAACAGGGUUAGUUGCUGCAACUAUUGCCACGGGUUUAGGUGCCUUAACACAUACAUUGGGUACCUUCAUCCCCGUGAUAGGAGCAAGUGGAUUUGCUACUGCUCCAGCCGCAACUGUUAUAGAAACUGUUAUUGGAUUGUUGAUGGAUUGGGUUAAGUUUGAGGUCCAUCAACACUUCAAGAAACAGUUUGCGGAGGAUUGGGUUACAAGACCUGUCUUGGAAGGGGUUUACAAGACCAUUGGGUUAGACUAUGUAUCUCAACACCUGAUCUCAAAGUUCAGCGAAGCUGAGGUUUUGGCUGCAAUUAAGGACUGCAAUAGCAACAAAGCUCCAGGCCCUGAUGGUUUUAACUUGUUGUGCUAUCAGAAAUUUUGGAAGGUCAUGAAGCCCAAGAUUAUGCAAUUUUUUGCGGACUUCCAUUCAAAUAGCAAACUGACCUAUGGCAUCAACAGCACUUUUAUUAGUCUGAUACCCAAAGUGGACAAUCCCACUAGCCUGUCUGAAUUCAGACCCAUCAGCCUGCCAAUUCUUUCCUCCAUCAUUGGUGAAACACAAACUGCAUUCAUAGGCGGGAGGAAUAUCCUAGAUGGGGUUUUCAUUGCCAAUGAAGUGGUGGAUGGAUGGAAAAAGUCCAAGAAGCUCGGUAUAAUUUUAAAGCUAGAUUUCGAAAAAGCUUUUGAUUCUGUGAACUGGAAAUUUUUAUUUUCCCUUCUGUCCAAUUUUGGAUUUGGGAACAAAUGGAUUUCCUGGAUAAAAACCUGUAUUACCUCAGUCAGGAUCUCCAUUCUUGUGAACGGCUCACCCACUACUGAAUUCUCACCACAAAGAGGUCUUAGGCAGGGCGACCCGCUCUCACCUUUUCUGUUCAAUAUUGUAUCUGAAGGUCUUAACAUGCUUUUGAACAGAGCAAUUAAUCUUGGCAUACUUAGAGGAGUCCUUGUUGGGUCAAAGGAUGUUCUUUUGUCUCAUCUGCAAUUUGCGGAUGACUCAAUUAUUUUCUCUGAAGCAGAUUGGGAUCAGAUGGUGCUUAUUAAAAGAGUUCUAAGAUGCUUCGAAUUUUUAUCUGGUCUGCGAAUAAAUUAUCACAAAAGUGUGGUAUGUGGUGUUGGUAUGGAUGAUUCACUCUUGCUCUCCUUUGCAAAGCUCCUCAACUGUCAAGUCCACAGCUUACCUCUGAAAUUUCUAGCUCUACCUCUUGGAGCCAACCCCGGGAGAAAAUCUACUUGGAAACCUGUGCUUGACAAAUUCAGAUCCAAACUCUCGAGGUGGAAGCGAAAACUGCUGUCUUUUGCAGGCAGGUUAACACUAAUCAAGUCCACCUUAUCUAGUUUACCAAUUUAUUUUCUCUCUUUAUUUAAGAUGCCAGAAGGUGUGGCCAAAGAAAUUGAGAGGAUUCAAUCAACUUUUUUAUGGGGUGGAAACGACCUGAAAAGGAAAGUCCACCUAGUGAAAUGGGGAGAGGCUACAAAAAGCAUUAAUCAAUGGGGCUUAGGCAUUAGAAGACUAAGAGAUGUAAAUGCAUGUCUAUUGCUUAAAUGGUGGUGGAAAUUUGGAACUCAGAUUAAUUCUCUUUGGAGGAGGGCUUUAUGUAGCAAAUACAAGAUAGAUGAGGCUCGUUGGAAUCCACCGAAUGAUUUUCCCCUCCUUUUCAAUCUCUCAACUGAUAAAGAUGGUUCUCUUCAUCAAUACUUAGAUAGAAGAACCAGCCCAAAUACUUGGAAUUUUCCCAUUAGAAGAACGAUGUUUUCUUGGGAAUUGGAGGAAGAAGCUAGUUUGAUUGAAGCCCUAUCGUCAGCCCCUUCUCUGUCUCCCCACAAAGCUGACUGUUUUUUCUGGGCUUGUGCUACUGUAAACAGUGGUGAGUUUUCUGUUUCCUCAAUUUACUCUUUCAGUAAUUCCACACUUGGUCCUCAUCUUCCAAUUUGUAAUCAUAUCUGGAAUAGAGCUGUCCCUCCUAAGGUUUCAUUUUUCUGUUGGUUGGCUUGGAAGAAUAAAAUUAAGUCUGCAGAAUUUAUGCUCAGAAUUGGUAUUUUAGACCCAUCUGCUUCCAUCAGUUGCACCUUCUGUGGCUUUGAAUCUGAGUCAGCCACACAUGUCUUGCUCCACUGCCCCUUCUCAUGGCAGAUUUGGUCUUCAAUUAUUCAAGAUUGGGGGCUUUCUUGGUGCAUUCAAGAUUCAGUUGAUGGCCUUCUUCAAUGGUGGAUGAGUGUAAACUUCAAUCACUUUGAUAGAUUAAUUUGGAGAGCUAUCCCGCUCAUUGUUCUUUGGUCGUUGUGGAAGUGUAGGAACGAAUGUAUUUUCGAAGAGGCUCAACCAAAUAUUUCAGAUUUGAGUGAAACUAUCAAAGUCAGAGCUGCACUAUGGCUGAAAGCAAGCAUCAAGGACCUUCCCUUCUCAGUUGAUGAUUUAACCUUCAACUGGAGACAAAUCAGAGCUGGGAAUUCAAAUCUUUAG